ACUGUGUAUCAGGUUUGCAUUGAGAAUCUGAAUUAGAUCCAGCAGUUACGAUGCAACUUUUUGCUGGAUUAAUUCUGCUGAUAGCGGUUAUUUGUGCAUCUGCUUCCGAGAAUGAACAGAACCGUAAUCCUAGAAUAGUUAAUGGAGUAAAUGCACAACAAACGCCCUACAAUGCAUACGUACUGUAUCUUAACUCUGCCAAUGCCGGAUUCUUCGGUGGUGGUUCUUUAAUUUCCGACCGCCAUGUCCUUACUGCGGCACAAAAUAUUCAAGGUUUCUCAAGAUGGGAGAUCGGACUUGGUAGUACCGUAUUUGGGCAGCUAGUCGUACAGGUGUCCACGCAGGCGAUCACCCAUCCGUCUUUCAACAGCCAGAAUCGUGCCAACGACAUCGGUGUCGUUAUUCUUCCAUCUCCGAUUAUUUUCUCAGCAGCAAUAGCAGCAAUUGCGCUCCCACAACUGAACCGGCAAAUGCCGAUGGAAAAUGAGGAAGGCAUGGUGGUUGGUUUCGGAUUUAAUACUGCGAACGGCCAAACUCGAUCGGAUUUCUUGAAAGCUGCCUACCAACGGGUGAUCGGCGACAACCGAUGUAGUGGCACUUACCAGGUUCAAAUACCAAACCAUUUCUGUGCUGAGGAUACAGUACAACGAGCGAACGUGUGCAACGGUGACCUUGGAGCUGGCUUCACUAUCCAGGACCGUCGAAUUGAAACAUUGGUUGGUGUUGCCUCGUUGAUUACUGCUUCUUGCGAUUCUUUGACACCAACUGGAUACACUCGAGUUUCUGUAUACCGUCAAUGGAUUCGAGACACCACGGGAGUAUAA